AGUUCAUAUAUAAAUACAACGCGAUUCGGUUACCAAAACACAUACUCCAACAUCUGAUCAUAAUCAUGAAGACUCCUUCCGUUUCCACUCUUCUGUUCAUUCUUUUUGUUACCUUUUCGUGCUCGUGGGCAGCUUCUGCUCAUCACCACGUUGAUGAUUUUCUUAAAUGUCUUAAGCAAGAAUUCCACAACUAUACCUCGAUUUCUAGUCUUGUUUACACCCCAACCAACUCAUCUUACUCCUCCGUCCUGCGAUUUUCCAUUCAUAACCUGAGAUUUGACUCAGAAUCCAUCCCAAAACCGCUAGUGAUAAUAACCCCGGAGCACGAAUCCCAAAUCCCCCCUCUCAUCUACUGUGCAAAACAAAGUCACUUGCAAAUUAGAACUCGAAGUGGCGGCCACGACUUUGAGGGAUUGUCUUAUGUAACUCAAGUUCCAUUUGUGGUCAUUGACUUUAUCAAUCUUAGUGAAAUAACAAUUGAUGCUCAACAGAAAACCGCAUGGGUUCAAUCUGGUGCAACCAUUGGCUCAUUAUAUUAUAGGAUUGCGGAGAAAAGCCCAACACUAGGAUUUCCAGCCGGUGCUUGCCCAACUAUUGGUAUUGGCGGACACUUCAGUGGAGGAGCCUACGGCGCAUUGCUUAGGAAAUACGGGUUGGCUGCAGAUAACGUUAUUGAUGCAAGAAUAGUAGAUGUUAAUGGCAGGAUUCUCGACAGAAAAUCUAUGGGUGAGGAUUUAUUCUGGGCCAUUAGGGGUGGUGGAGGUGCCAGCUUCGGUGUAAUCCUUGCAUGGAAAGUACAAUUGGUGGAUGUUCCAAAAACAGUUACUGUUUUCACAGUCCAAAGAACUUUGGAACAAAAUGCCACUCAACUCAUUCACCACUGGCAACACGUCGCUCAUAAAUUCGACCCAGAUUUAUUCAUAUUAGUCCGUGUAGCAGGGGAGAAUUACAACCAGGGUAGAAGGAACAUGACUAUUAGUGCUACCUUUAGCUCACUUUUCCUUGGUGGAGUCGACAGAUUACUUACGUUGAUGCAAGAAAGUUUUCCGGAAUUGGGGGUAGUAAGAAAAGAUUGCACAGAAAUGAGUUGGAUCCAAUCCAUCCUGUAUUUCCAGGGGUUCCCAAUAGAAUCACCUCAACUUUUGCUGAACAGGACACAACCUUUCGCAGGAUACUUCAAAGGAAAAUCCGAUUAUGUGCAGAAACCCAUUCCCCUAAACAGAUUUGAAAGCAUCUGGAGAUUUUUCUAUGAACCCGUAGCGGAGGGCAGUGACAUCGUCUUGAUCCCAUAUGGUGGACGAAUGGAUGAAAUUUCUGAAUCUGCAAUUCCAUUCCCUCAUAGGGCUGGUAAUCUUUACAAGAUCCUUUAUGCGGCGAACUGGCAAGAAGCACAAAACACCGACAGGGUCAUAAGUUGGCUUAGAAGGUUUUACAGUUACAUGGCUCGAUAUGUUUCCAAAUCUCCAAGGGAAGCAUUCAUCAAUUAUAGAGAUCUAGAUAUUGGAGUGAAUAAUAAUAAAGGGAGGGUAAGUUAUGCACGAGCAAGCGUUUGGGGCAAGAAGUACUUCAAGAACAAUUUCGAUCGACUUGUUAGAGUGAAAACUAUGAUUGACCCAAAGAAUUUCUUUAGGAAUGAACAGAGCAUUCCUCCAAGGCGCACAAAGAAAAAUGAUUAACAUUAUUUUAUGACGGAAUGGACAUGGUUCUAGGUAUGCUUCCUUCAUUUCAUUUUGUUUUUGUGUUUGUAGCUGAAUAAGACUCAUGUUUUAUGUACAAGUUUGAAGUUAGGAGUUCAAACUGAAUGUGCGGUUAUUUAUCUUAUUUUACAUAAAUUAUUAUAAUUAUAUUGAUGUAUUAAUAUUGUCGACAAUUAUUGUAAUUUAUUAUUUACUGUUUUCAAUA